GCAACGCCUUUUAAAUAUGCUUGUUUUUGUCAGCGUUUAUAAAAAGACUACUAACAAAAUUUCAAGUGGUAAAUUUCAAAGUAUCUGAAAGGAAAGGUCCACAGUGAUUAACACCCACUGUAUUGAAACGGAAAUCUAUGGCCGGAGUUUCGAAUGAUGUGGUGAUGCAAUCUGCCUCAAAAGAACAAGGCCAAAAUGAUGAUGUUCCCUCUAGUGAGAGUAUUCCAGAAGAUGGCAAAUCAUGUUCUAAAAAUGUCUUGGAACAUAUUUCAACAAGUUCAAGUACAGCAACAGAGCCAAUUGCUGUUGAAUCAACUGAAUUCAUUGAAUCAAAGCCCGAUGGUUCCUCAUCUCUAUCCCUUUCUGAAAAAUCUCUUCAUGAUGCACCAAAUAUUUCAGAAGGAAGUCCAAAAGAAAUUGCGUCAGAAAAUCAAAUUAAUACAACUCUUAGAAGAGUUAAUUCUGAAGAUAAAGAAUCAAUUCAAUCAACAGUUACUCAAGAAAUUGGAUCAAACAAAGAAAUCCAACGAAAUAUUUCUGAAGAAACUGAAUCUAUUAAAAUAACAGAAUCGGAUCAUUCCGGGAAAGCUCUAUCAAGUAAAUUAUCCCAGGAGGCAAUAUCCACUGAAAUUCAAUUAACUCAAGCAACUAACUUAAAAGAUCCAACUCGUCUAUUAUAUUCUUCGGAUUCAAGCAGCAAAAAUGGUGCCUCCGUCACUACAACGAAUCAAAAUGUUCCAAAGGAUUUAAACCCAUCUGCAGUGCCAGAAAUUCAGCCUGAGAAAUUUCCUAGACUCGCUGCCGAUUUAUCGAAUUGUGAAAAAAAUUCCGAUUCUUCUGGAGCUGCUGCUGAAGAUACAGAUAUUUUUAAUUCUCUACAAAAUACUGAAGAAUAUAAAAAUGGGACUCGUCUUAAGAUUGUUAACCAAAGUGGUAGCGGUGGUUUUGUAGUAGCUAGUCCCACCACGUCAUGUGCGCCAAUUUUUCCCAAACUCGAAAUACCACCAAUAUUACCAUCCACAAUGGAUUCUUCAAUGGAUUCAGUGAAUCCUAUAACAUCAUCGAAUGAUUCAGAAACCCCUAUGGAUAUGCAUUCCAAGAUGUCUUUGUCUGCAAUGGAAUCCGCUCUUGCUGCCUGGGUAAACAGAGGUCUGGACAGAGUUUUCAACAGGGCCAGGGAGCUUACCUCAGAAGAUUUCUUAAAAUAUACUGAAAAUGAAUUUAAAUGUGUACUAGAUAUAUUUAAACAAAUGAAACUGCGCAUAGAUACCUUGUUGACAGCAGCUGAUAACUUACCGGAUCCUCCAUCUACAUUGUCUCAAAGAAGGAAAGUUCGAAAAUAUUCGACUCGUGACGAUGUAAAGGAAGCUGGAAUGAACGUACAUCGUAGAUUAGAGCUAUUGGAAGCAGAUGCAAAUGGAGAUUAUGAGAGAUUUGUUUUACUCUGCCUUCAAAAUUCAAACCGUAAUGAUGAGGAAUUUGAUCCUAGGCAACUAGAAAUAACGGCCCUUAACAUAAUUUCAAAUUCGUAUGUAAGAGUAUCUGAACGCUUUAUGGAACUUAAUUUGAUUAUUGAAAUUUUUCGUGACAAUAUCCGUGAUUUUUGUUCAGAAUUGGAAAGGCUUCUGUGACUGCUGCUCCAAUCAAACCUAUUGUUGGAUAUUUUACUUUUGAUCUAACUUGUAAUUUUAUAUUUUCAGUUUUAAUUAAUGAAUAUUCGAAUGUCUUGCUUACUUCGCCUAAUGUUUGUUUCUCGUAAUGUUUCAAGUUUCUAUAUCAUUAAUUUCCGUUCUAUCAACUAUUGCUUAAUUUAAAAUUCAUUGGUAAUUUGUGUAUCGUUGUUCUUUUAAGAAUAUUAAAUAUCAGUCAAAUUUCUUGAGUUAGUUUGUCUUUUGUUCGUAUCAUUAAUUUAAAAGCAUGUUUAUGAAAUUUAGGAAAACGGUAUUCUGGUUGAGGUUUUUUUUUUCCUUUUUAGCAACGUGUAUGUUUAAGUGUUCUUGAGCAUUCAAAAUUGUGUUCCUCUCUUUUAAAAUACAUCUUUUGAAAAGAUAUGUUUCGUAUUUAGCUUCAUAGUCAAGAGAGGUUCAUAAUCAAAAUAAAUCGCAUUUUAAAAACUUUUAAAAUCUGAUGAAGUAUUUUGGACGUUCACAAUCAUCAUUGGUUAAAGGACAGAAAUUGGCUCUAAUUUUUCACUUUUCUCAAAAGAAAUGAUGUAUCUGUGUUUAGUUGUUUG